CCGUGCACAGUGUGCUGAGGGUGUGAGCACUGUGGGGGUGUGUUUGUGUCUAACAUGGAGGCCGGCCUUUCACUCAUUUCCUCCUCCGCCGCCAUUUUGUGUUGGGGAAGCAUAGAGAAAGAAGAGUACGAAGAGAGAAGACGGUGAAAACAAGAAAAGCGCCAAAGAGAAGAGAGCCUAUCUGUGGUGUCGGAGCCGUUAAGUGACCCUGAGGAGGAUUCCCCUGCCGCUUCCAUCCGGUGUGCUGCACGGGCGCUGUGAGGCGCCGGAGCCGCUCGGGUUGCGCAGCUCCCGCUCUAGCAGAUGGAUUGGGGACAGUAAAAGAAGGGGAGGAUCAGAGAAGACAGGAUCAAACGGCCUUUUUAUACAAUGUGGAGGAUUCACUCCUUAGGUUCCACAGUCACAAUGACCAACGAAGAACCCCUUCCCAAAAAGGUUCGCCUUUCUGAAGCAGACUUUAAAGUCUUACCAAGGGAAGAGUUACUUCUAAGGUGGAAGCAAUAUGAGGCUUACGUCCAGGCCCUGGAGAACAAAUAUACUGAUCUGAAUUCUAAUGAUGUGACUGGACUUCGAGAGUCUGAAGAAAAGUUAAAGCAGCAACAACAAGAUUCUGCUCGGAGGGAGAACAUAUUGGUGAUGAGGCUGGCCACUAAGGAACAGGAGAUGCAAGAAUGCACAAACCAGAUUCAGCACCUCAAACAAGUGCAGCAGCCCAGCGUUGCCCAGCUGAGAACUACUAUGGUUGACCCGGCUAUCAACUUGUUUUUCCUCAAAAUGAAAGCCGAACUGGAACAGACUAAAGACAAACUGGAACAAGCCCAAAAUGAACUGAGUGCCUGGAAAUUUACGCCUGAUAGCCAAACGGGCAAAAAGUUAAUGGCGAAGUGUCGAAUGCUUAUCCAGGAGAAUCAGGAGCUGGGGAGACAGUUGUCCCAGGGUCGCAUUGCUCAGCUUGAGGCAGAAUUGGCUUUACAGAAAAAGUAUAGCGAGGAACUUAAAAGCAGCCAGGAUGAGCUGAAUGACUUCAUUAUUCAAUUGGAUGAAGAGGUGGAGGGAAUGCAGAGCACUAUUUUGGUCCUACAACAGCAACUGAAGGAAUCCCGACAACAGCUAUCUCAGUUACAACAGCAGCAAUCUCAAAAUUCCACUAUCAGGACUCCAGCAGAGCCCAAGGAAGAAGGAGAAUCUAGCAGUAAGGAAUGCAGUCGCUUGUCAAAUGGACCGAGCAAUGGAGGCUCUUCUCACCAGAGAACUCACAGUUCUACAGGGCUUUACAGAGAGAGUAGUAAUGCAGAUGAUGACUUUCCUGCAUCACCAGUGAAUGAGGGCAAAUUGCCAAACCAUUCAGAGGAGAGAACUGGUAGAGGUGGAGGAAGCUAUAUGAAUCAGCUUAGUACUGGGUAUGAGAGUGUAGACUCUCCCACUGGAAGUGAGAACUCUCUAACCCACCACUCUAAUGACACAGACUCCAAUCAUGACUCUCAGGAGGAGAAACCAAGGAGUGGGAAAGGCAGCCGAACUGUAAGCUCCCGUCGCAUUCAAAAUGGCUUGGACUCAGGAGCAAAUAUGCAGGGCUCUGUUUUGUAAAAAUAAACAAAAUAAACUUUUUUUUCUCCCCCUUUUAUACAUCCUUUAAUUUCAGAACUAAUACUGUCCAGUGCAUAUUUUGUCAUAAUUUUUGCCUUUGAGUUUUGUUUUUUCAUUGUUGCUUACUGUAAUACCUCUGCCAAUUUGGAUGUUUUAAAAUAUAAUUACAUUGAAAGUUGUAAAGAAAACAAAUUGUUUAGAUUAUUUUUAUGUAAAGUAAUGAAAAGCUGAACUAAUUUACAACUUUGGAAAUAUUUCACAUAAAUGACGUCUGUACAACGUGUUCUUAAAAACCUAGCUGUGUAAUGGCAUUCCUGCCCAUGUUUUCAUCUUAUCUAGACCUUAACACUCUCAUGGUACUGUGUGGGUUUGGCUGCCAAAGUUUGCCCAGUGACAUAGCUAUACCACAGGUUGGACUAUUAGAGUCCUCUGGUAGUUUCAGUGUUAACAGUUUUGCUCUCUUCAGUAAAAAACAUUUCUUCAUGGCUGAUUUUUCUCCUUUAGAUGGCUGAACGUUAGACUUGUGUGCCGUUGCUCAGUUUUCAAACUGUUGUACUUUGUUUAUGCAUAUGACUCUGUGACUCCAAUAUUACCUUGCCUGUACUGACCAAACCAAAAUAAAGAUUUUUAAUGUCACCUUUA